UUUUGUAGUUUUUCAAGAAAGUAUGGGUGCACCAGCAACUGCAGUUUUCUCUUCAAAUUCCAUAUCUCACAUGCCCUCCUUCUCUGCUUUAUGUAAACCCAAGUUGGGCAUCCCACUACCAAAAGAGAUUGCAUAUGGGCUUUCGGUGAGUACAGAUCGUAGGGAUUGUCAUUGUUCAACUCUCUCCACCAUAAGAGCGGAUGGGAGCAGGCGGAGGAGGUCUUCAAAAGAUGCCACGCCACGGAAAACAUCCAAAGGAAAUCAGCUCAAUAUGCAGUCACCCCCCGACAGUAAAUCAUCAAACUCAUUAAACCAGGAAGAGAUCAUUUCUCUUUUCAAGAGAAUACAAUCUUCAAUUUCAAAAGGUGAUUCUACAAGUUCCAAGAAAAGAAGUAGCAAGUCUUCUGAAGAGAAGCCUGCUAUUGAUUCGGUCUUGGAAAUCAUUCGUCAUUCAAAGACAGAACCAAAAGGUACAACUUCAAGUAUGAAGGAUGACAAGGGUUCGGCUCAUCAAAAGGAACCAGAAACAGACUAUUCACCAACAUUAGAUCCAAGAUCAACACGCCUACGGUCAAGCUUUGUGAAAAGAUCCCCUAUACAAUCUCCAAUUAACUCCAAAGAAAAAGUUGAGCUCAAGACGGAGACAUCAGUGGAUUAUCAUGUUGAAAGUGAAGCAGUCAAAAUUGAAGAAAUGAAACUUCCUCAGCUUAAAGAACUGGCAAAAUCUAGAGGACUUGCGGGUUAUUCAAAAUUGAAGAAAAGUGAACUAGUGGAAUUGCUCACCAGAUGUUGAGAUAAUGCUUUACAUACUUGACAGUUAACUGCAGGGCUUGUCUCUUUUUCAUAUGUGCUUUCUUUCAUGAAGAAACGAGGUGGAACACCAGAGCACUGUGGGGGGAGUUUUAAAACAUUCAUUUGUUGGUUGGUUCGUAACAUAUGUUGUCUUUAAAGUCUAAUUGCAUUUGUGAUCUCUCUCUUUCUGA